AUGUGCGUUCAGGUUGUGUUGACCGCUGGCGACAGCGGCGCACCGCCGCCGGCGGAGCCCGGCUUGGCGCCCGCCGCCGAGACCAGCUCCAUUCCCCGCCUCCCCGCCUCAGAGCUGAGCUAUGCGCGUUUUUGCCUGGAGUUUAUGGAGCCAAAUGCCCCGGUCCUUGUUGAGGGUGCGACGGAGGGCUGGCGGGCAGCAGUCGACUGGGUUACCCCAUGCGGCGCAAUCGACUUCGACUUCCUGCGGCAGCAUUUUGGACAUGCGCAGGUCAUGGUCACAGACGCUGCCAGGUGCGAGUGCCAGCAGCAGCAGCAGCAGCAGCAGCAGGAGGAGGAGGAGGAGGAAAUGAGGGCAUCCAGCACGUUGCUGACUCCUGGUCCCUUGUGGUACUGCAAGGACUGGCACUUGGCGGCCUUUGAUCCGCAGUAUCAAGCCUACCACUGCCCCUCCUUCUUUGACGACUGGCUGAAUGAGUUGUACGAUGCCCGUGAGCAGCCGCAGCCGCAGCACGAUGUCAGGACAGCCGACUAUCGGUUUGUGUAUCUGGGUGCAAAGGGCACCAGCACUUCACUGCACUCAGAUGUGCUGCGCAGCUUCAGCUGGUCAGCUAAUGUGGUGGGAUGCAAACUGUGGCGGUUGCUGCCGCCCCAGGCACGCUCGCACAUCGUAACCGUGGUUCAGCAUCCGGGCGACGCCAUUUUUGUACCCUCAGGCUGGUGGCAUACGGUGGAGAAUGUCGACGACUGUAUUAGCAUCAACCACAACUGGCUCAAUGGCCACAACGUGCACUGGACGUGGGCGCUGCUGCGACUGGAACGGCGGCAGGCUGAGGAGGGCAUCGAGGACUGCCGGGAGCUUUGCAGGCAAGACCGGCCCUCUCCUUUUUUCAGGAAGCUAGGUCAUUUUGGCAGAGGCCGAUAG